AUGGUUGCAUCUUUUCUCCUUGUAGUUGGUCAAAAUUCGAGGUAUUGCUAUACAAGAGAUACUUUUAAGAGAUCCAAGUUUGCUAUAAGUGAGAAUUUUCACAAAGUUUUGCAAGCUUUAAACCAAAUUUCACCAAGUUUUAUGGCUACCGCCGGACCCGGAACACCUCACAAGAUUAAAGAAAGUACAAGAUUUUAUCCAUACUUCAAGGAUUGUGUCGGAGCUAUCGAUGGUACACAUAUAUUUGCAAUGGUGCAAAAAAAAGAUGCAGCUCCUUUCCGCAACAGAAAAGGUGAUAUAUCCCAAAAUGUGUUGGCUGCAUGUAAUUUUGAUCUUGAAUUCAUAUACGUACUUAGUGGAUGGGAAGGUUCAGCUCAUGAUUCAAAGAUAUUAAAUGAUGCUUUAACAAGGAACACUAAUCGACUACCAGUUCCAGAAGACUCUGAGGAUGUAGAAGAUGUUGAAGAAGUUAAUAACAAUGAUGAAGAAAUUCUUGUAACUCAGGAUCAGCAAAGAGAACAUGUCAAUCAAGUGAGAGCCACAAUAGCAACAGAUAUAUGGAGAGAUUUUAUAAACGUAUGA